GUGAUCGGAUAGGUUAAAAAAGCGACGAAAAGAGACUUUAUUUUAUCUUUUUUUGGAAUCACAUUGUUCGUCUAUCAGUUGAGUUCAUGGAUGUAGAGGAUUAGAAAACUCUCCCCGAUUUUUCCAGACAAUAAUCUAAUCGAUAAUAGAAUCAAAUACAGAUAAAUCUUUGAAAUCUGAGACCAUGGCGACGGGGCCGACUUCUUCAACAGUUCCUGAUUCUAACCCACCAUUCAGCCAAGGACUGCAAGGAGGGGACAGAAAAAGAACUUGGCAAGAACUGCACAGCAAUGUCAAGUCUAUGAGAAGGAUCCACAUGCUCUUGGCCAACCGGGUGUCACUGGAGUUUACUUUCAGGGUUGUUGAAACCGAGAAUGGACCAAGGACGAGGCUGUACUUUUUAGGAGUUCCACCAGGUAAUAGGGAAAACACGCUACUCCAUGCUGACAUGCCCACGGAGGAAGAUGAUGGUAGCGGAGAUUCGGUCUCACGCUGGAAACCCUUGCUCAUCCCAUUCCGAGGUCUCAUGCAAACUGGAAACUUCUCCAAGGAGGAACAGCUGCUAAGAGAGAGGAAACGUAUGGGGACGUUUGGCAUAACUACCUAUGACUGUGAUGUAGAGAGUGGACGAUUUCUCUUUCCUGCCAGCGGCAGUCUGUUUACUUGUGUAGAUCCCGAUCUCAUUACCUACCCAGUAUAUCCCAGUGAAGUACCAACACAAUGUCAAGGAGUGAGAUUGGAUGCCAAGCUAUGCCCUACCAACAGCAAUCUAUUAGCAUUCAUCACAGAGAAUGAUCUCUGGGUAUCCAAUGCCAUUACGGGAGACGAGAAGAGAUUAACAUUUGCCAAUAAAGGCUUGCCCAACAUAGCAGAGGACCCCUGCAGUGCAGGAGUGACCAGUUACAUCAUCCAGGAGGAAUUUGAUCGCUACACGGGUUACUGGUGGCAACCGGAUAUCCCUGAAGAACAGAAGACAGAGAGGAUGGUGUAUAGGAUACUCUAUGAGGAAGUCGACGAGAGCGAGGUAGAGAUACUCAACAUCGUCGCACCGGGCCACGGGGACGGAGGGGUUGACAGAUAUCGCUAUCCUAAAGCAGGUACAACCAAUGCAAAGAAUGUGCUGAAGAUUGUAGAAUUCACACUUAACGAUGAAGGAAAGCUUGAAGAAAGUUGCAUUCACAAGGAGCUGAGAGAACCACUGAAGACAAUGUUUCCAUGGAUGGAAUACAUCAUCAGACUAGGCUGGACACCAAAUGGCAGAUAUGUCUGGGCCCAACUAUUGAGUCGUAACCAGCAGAGUACAGUCCUCCUUCUCAUCCCUAUGGAUAGCUUUGUACCGGUCGGUCAAGACAAACCGAUGACCUCCGAAGGCCAGGUCAACAAACCGGUCGUCCAUGUUCUUUAUGAGGAGCAUUCUGAUAUUUGGAUCAAUUCUCACAACAUCACCCACUUCUUCCCACAAACCAACCCAAAUGAGAUGAGUUUUAUUUGGGCUAGUGAAGCGACAGGAACCAGGCAUCUCUAUCAGAUCACAUCAGACUUGCAUCCAAGGGAAGCCAUUCCAGGUAGUCUUAAGCCAGCCAUUCUGAAGUUUGAGAUGUUGACAUCGGGUCAUGGUGAGGUCUCUGCACAUAAUAUAUGGGUAGAUGAGGACAGGUCAUUAGUAUGCUAUACAGCUCUACAUGAUAGCCCCAUAGAAGAACACUUAUAUGUAGUAUCGUAUGCCGAUCAUCAUCCACCAGUCAGAAUUACACAGCUAGGAUACAGUGUACAAAGUGCCAUGAUCAGCCCAGAUUUCCAGUAUUGUGUGUGUACAGUGAGCAACCUGACCACGCCCCCCUUCACCACCGUCAAUAGACUAGAAUGGUCGACCACUGGUUCCCUGGGGGUCUCAAUGAAAGAACUCUUCAAACUUAUGCUGCCACACACUAUGCCAUUCCCGUUCGUGCCUCCGGAACUGUUCACAUACAAGAACUCCUCAACUGGAGAUGAUAUGUACGGUCUCUUGUUCAAGCCUCAUAACAUAGAACCAGGCAAGCAAUACCCAACAGUGCAGUUUGUCUAUGGCGGUCCUCAGGUCCAGUUAGUGUCAAAUUCCUUCAAAGGGGUUCGUUUCCUACGCCUCUACACUCUAGCAUCACUGGGCUACGCAGUGGUGAUCGUUGACGGACGAGGGUCUUGUAAGAGAGGACUCAGAUUCGAAGGUGUUCUUAGAAACAGACUUGGUCAUGUUGAGCUAGACGACCAGGUGGAGGGACUACGUUGGAUUGCCGCUAAAUCAGAAUGCAUUGACCUCAAUAGAAUAGCAAUCCACGGUUGGUCCUACGGGGGAUACCUAUCGCUCAUGGGGCUUGCAAAGAAACCAGAUGUAUACAAGGUGGCCAUUGCCGGAGCCCCUGUCACAUGUUGGACAGUGUAUGACACAGGUUACACUGAACGUUACCUGGACACACCCAGCAACAACCCUACUGGAUACGUCCAGAGCUCAGUACUCAACUUAGCUAAGAACUUUCCUAAUGAUGAGAAUCGUCUUCUCAUUGUCCAUGGAUUGAUAGAUGAGAAUGUUCAUUUCCACCACACUAGUCUCCUCAUUGAUGAACUAGUCAAACAUUGUAAACCCUAUCACUUACAGAUCUACCCUCAAGAGAGACACGGGAUCAGACGUCUGGAGACAAGUGAACACUACGAGACAAACAUACUCAGCUGGCUACAACAACAUGUAUGAACACCGUAAGACAGAUUUCAUUUUCAAUUUUGUCUUUGCAGCUGUAGUACCAAUGAUAAGUGACUAUUAUGUAGACUUUGGUACGACUCAAUGCUGCUAGCGUGGCCAGUGCUAAUAGACAGUAUCUCCAACCUGCUUUUCUAAUAAACACCUGCAUUGAGGAAUUCUAUGUUUGUGAUGCACUUUUUAUAUGAAGUGAAGCUAUGGACCGUUUCAUGAACAUGGCCAGGCGCAUUUAGUUGUCAUGACGAUGGCAAUAAACAGUGGUGACCACGAUGCCGAUCAUUAAAAACCACAUUUCUAAAUGAAGUCUAAUGCGUAAGAUCAUGUACGGCGCAGUUCUACAUUAAGCAGCUCCGUAAAGUAUGUAUGCCCGACUUCCAAUUCAUGGGGCCUUCCUUAUACAAUUUUUCCCGGUUUUGUAAUUCUAAUAUAGGACUAAAUGCAAUCAAAUUAUUAUGGCUCGGGCAACUUAUGUAGUGAAGUAAAAAUGGAAAUAAAAGUAAAAGUAGUAAUAAUCAUAAUAAGGCUUUAUUUACCCAGGGUAGCCACUUCAGAUAUAAAACUGCUAUAUCAGCGGGCCCUGCAUUUAUAACAUGUUAUUAUAAAUGAGAUAAAUGGGGGUCAAGCAUACAAAAAGGUUGAUGACCUUUUGGAAUUGCCCUUCUAUGUUUAUUGUGCAUAUAUAAACAAUUGGCUUUUAUAUAUAUAUAAUGUAUUUGACUGUAUAGGGAAAUUGCAGUUUAUUCAUUUUAUUCAUGAACUUGUGAAUGUUUUCAUGAUCAAGAAUUGAUGUAUACAAUGUAUGUCAUGGUCAUGUGAUGCUACUGCAAUUCAUUCCCAUUGAAACUUGUUUGUAAAAUUGUUUGUUGUCCAAACGGCUGCGAUGCCAAUUAUUGCUUUCAAUGAAAGCCUGAAGCUGCUACCCACCGAUUGUGUUUGGAACCAUCUAGAGGUUAUAAGAAAAAAAAACAGACACUAUCACUUCUGAUCUUUAUAGACGACAUGUUGUCUAUAAACAGUUAUGACAUUAUUCAAAUAACAAGAUGAUAAAGAUUACUGUGAAUAAAUCUGUAGACUAAAACUUCUGUUCAGAUAUGUAGACCACCCCAUCGAAUAAUGUAAUUUCUCAUAUUUUAUCAGCAGUUUUGGGUAAUUGAGGAAAUAUUUGAACAAAGUUGGGUACAGUCAUGUGAAGAAAAAAAACUACCUCACACAAAAAGAAAAUUUACGUAGCAAGGAACACAUUUUGCAUGGCAGUCAUAUGAACAAAUGGAGAGCAGUUUGCAAUGUAGUAUGAGGAAAAUUCUUCCUUUGGACCGUUUUCUGAACUCUGCUGCAUUUCUAGCCAUGGGUUAAAGUCUGUACAGGUAUAUGAAUCAUGAAAAAUAAAGUUUUAACAUUUCGACCACAGACAUAAAGUGUUUGUUAAUUUACUGAUCCCUUUUGUGAUGAUUCUUUAAUAAAGAAAAUUAUUGUGGUUAUCGUCUUUAGAUAGUGUGAUUCGCUGAGCACCAGAUGUUCUUAUAUCUACUGUCACAGAUUUGUGCUAUAUUUUGCUACCCCUUCGUUGACCACAGAUUUAAACCACAGUGAAACCAUAAUUUGAAAUACAGGCCAAUAUAACAAUUAAAUAUAACAUGCUAUUAAUGUAGAGUCGUGUGUCAGUAUUCCACAUAUAUUUAUAUGGAAAGAAUUUAAGGUUUUUUUUUUUCAUCAUUUAAUUACACGUUUGAAAUGAACUCAAUUCUAUUAAUGUCCACUGAAGUAUUUUCAUGUAUAUUGUGACAGUUGAACACUUACAUGUAGUCUUUAGAAAGUCUAUGUUUGCAAAUAUUACUUAUAUUUGAAUCAUGAAAUUUACAUUCAAACUAGAAUGAUUUUAAAAGUCAGUAACCUGAUAGAAAUUAGACUGACAUUGAAAUAUGUAUUUUCAAAGUAUACAUUUAUCUGUACCAUACUGAGAUAAAAAAAAAAUAGUGCAGGAAUAUAUGAUAAUGUAACAGUUCCUUUGUAUUGUACUAGGAAUUAUUUUUCACAAUUAUUACAUUUACACAGAUUGAAACAGAUAUUGAUAUUGGAUUUUAAAAAACCAAAAAAUUUUAAUGGCUGAUUUUUUUUUAUUUUGACUUUUAUUUUAUUGUAAUUUCUAUGAAAACUCUUUUCUUAAAUUUUUUACCUUGACACAAGACAUAAAUGUAUUUAUAAACUUUUUAAUCGUUAUUUAGGGGGGGUAUUAUGAAACUCAGUAAGUCUUUUUAAAUACAUGAUUAACUAUAUUUGUGUUUAUCCAUCUUUUAGAUGAGCAUGAGAAAUGU